UAACGUUAUUCAUGCGUCGCAUGUGUCAUUAUUAGUGCACAUGCUUUGCUCAUGGACGCGCGUCGGAGACUGACAAGGAAGAGAAGAAAAUGUGGAAUAAAGUCGUUUUGAUUAACCGAAGAUCUUAUAUUUUGACAGGAAUCUCAAUUGAGUCUCAAUGAUCUCGCCUGUAGAGCAGGACUGUGGAAGCAGUCCAGCAGAGGACUCGCAGUCUGAACUAGCUAAACGGAAGAGAUCAGAUUCACCCACAUCAUCACAUCUGUCACUGAAGAGUGAAGAAUCACUUCUUCGACCAAUACACUUCAGCAAUGAACCACAGAGAGACAUAGACAGAACUAAACGGAAGAGACCAUAUUCACCCACAUCAUCACAACUGUCUCCAAAGAGUGGAGAAUCACUUCUUCAAACAAUACACUUCAGCAAUGAACCACAGAGAGACAUUGACAGAGCUAAACGGAGGAGAUCAGAUUCACCCAUAUCAUCACAACUGUCUCUAAAGAGUGGAGAAUCACUUCUUCAACCAAUACACUUCAGCAAUGAACCACAGAGAGACAUUGACAGUGAGUUGGAAGCACAAGUAUCACCUGAGCAGUUGGAGUCUGAAAGCUUGCAUCUGCAGCACCAAUGUAAUGUCUGUGCUGAGAAAAGACACUGUGGCCACAGCAAAGGCUAUGGUUUGUUAUCUAAUGUACCAGACAGUCAGUCCCUGCUCCUUCGUGUUGUGGGGAAAAUGGGGACAGAGGACUUCAAAACCUUCAAAAAAGACCUAAGUGAGCAAUACCCAGAAUGCUUAGGGAGUCAUCCAGAGGAGCUUACUGUAUCUGAUGUUGCUGAGAAAAUAGUGGAGUACUUUGGAGGAGAGGGAGCAUGGAGAGUCACAUAUUACUUUUUGGAAAAUGCAAAUCCUCAUAAACAAAUCACUGAAGCCAAUAAAGCAAACCUGAAGCAGAAAUGUCAACAGAUAAAUGAAGGAAAUUCAUCUUAUGCUAAACAAAGUUUGCUGAAUGAGAUCUACACAGAUCUUUACAUUACUGAGGGUGCAAGUGGACAGAUAAAUAAUGAACAUGAGGUGUUGAGGAAUGAGGUGAUUUCACAGAGAAGAACCAAUCCAGAAACUUCACGGGCUUGUAAUGACAUCUUCAAGACCCUGCCAGGACAAGAUAAAGAAAUCAGAACAGUGAUGACAAUGGGGAUUGUUGGAAUUGGAAAGAGUGUGUCAGUGCAGAAGUUCAUUUUAGACUGGACAGAGGGAAAAGCAAACCAAGACAUUGAAACUAUCAUCCAUCUACCAUUUCGAGACAUCAACCGCAAAAGUGGCAACUGUAGUCUUCUACAACUGAUUCAUCAAUAUGCUCCAGAAUUAAAAGAAGCAAAUCUUCCAGAAUUGAAAGCUCUUUUUAUUCUUGAUGGUUUAGACGUCUGUCAGUAUCCACUUGAUUUUAUUAACAAUGAUCACUGCUCUGAUAUAAAUGAGGAAACCUCUGUUGAUGUUCUGCUUACAAACCUCAUCAAGGGGAAUCUGCUUCCUUCUGCUCUUCUCUGGAUAACCACAAGACCAUCAUCAGCCAAUCGGAUCCCUCCUGAAUGUGUCCAUCGAGUUACAGAGAUUUGUGGAUUUAAUGACCGUCAGAAGGAAGAAUACUUCAGAAAGAAAAUCAGUGACCAGAAACAGGCGAAUGAAAUCAUUACUCACAUCAAAUCAUGCCGAAGCCUCUACAUUAUGUGCCACAUGCCAAUAUUCUGCUGGAUUUCAGCCACUGUGCUAGAAAACAUGUUGAGUAACGGAAACUCUCAUGAAAAACCCAAAACUCUGACAGAGAUGUUCACUCACUUCCUGCUCAUUCAGAUCAGUCUCAAGUAUAAGAAGUUUAAUGGAACCAAUAUAGAAGACCCAAAGAAACUCUCUGAAUCUGACAAAACAUUGAUUCUGAAACUGGGAGAACUGGCUUACCAGCAGCUGAAGAAGAACAGCAAUACAUUCACUGAAGAGGAUCUGAUAAACUGUGACAUUGAUGUCAAUAAAGUCUCUCAGUACUCAAUGUGCACAGUGAUUUUCAAAGAGGAGCAGGGAUUGUACAGGGAAAAGAGCUACAGCUUUGUGCAUCUGAUCCUUCAGGAAUAUCUUGCAGCAGUAUAUGUUCACUUUGCAUGUGUGAAUGAUGGUAAAAAUGUUCUUAACCCUAGACUCAAGUCAGAUCUUACAAAUGUACAACGGAGUGCAGUGAACAAAGCUUUAAAAAGUGAGAAUGGACACCUGGACCUCUUCUUGCGUUUCCUUCUGGGACUUUCAGUUGACCCUAACCAAACUCUUCUGCAAGAUCUUAGGAAAGGUGGUUUAACUGAACCCUGCACAAAUAAAAUCAUGAUAGACUAUAUAAAGGAGAAGAUCAAACAGGAAUCAUCAGAGAGAAUCAUCAAUCUGUUUCAUUGUUUAAAUGAACUGAAUGACAACUCUCUUGUGAAAACAAUUCAGUCUGCAAUGAAAUCAGGAACACUGUUAGGUAAUGAGCUGGACCCAGAACAGUGGUCUGCACUGGCUUAUGUCUUACUGACAUCAGGAGAGGAGUUAGAGGAGUUUGACAUGAAGAAGUUUCGCACAUCAACAGCAAACCAACUAAGACUGCUACCAGUUCUCAAGAUCUGCAAAAUAGCCAGGUUGGAUUGCUGUAAUCUCACAUAUGAAUCCUGUAAGAGACUGGCCUCAGCUUUAACAAUAGUGAACUCACCCUUGAGAGAACUCAUUCUAAACAACAAUAAACUUUACAAGUCUGGAGUCAAUGCCCUCUUGUCUGGACUAAACAGUACACACUGUCAACUACACAAGUUGGGGCUGGCUGGCUGUAAUUUCCCUUCAGAAUCCUGCAAAGAUUUUGGCAUGGCUUUCAAGUCAACAAAUUCCUCUCUGAGAGAACUGAAUCUAAGCUACAAUAAAAUAGGUGAUAAAGGAAUAAAUGAUCUCUGUGAUGGACUAAUGAGUCCAAAUUGUAAACUUCAGAUACUAAAGUUAAAGCGCUGUGGUCUCACAGAGUCUUGCUGUGAGAAACUAGCAUCAGUUCUGAAAUCAUCACAUCUGAUUGAUUUACAACUGAAAUGCAAUGACCUGCAGGAUUCAGGUGUGGAAAAGCUCUCAACUGGACUGAAAGAUCCACAAUGUAGAAUAGACAGACUGGGAUUGUCAGGUUGUAUGAUCACAGAAGUGGGCUGCAGGUCUCUGGCCUCGGCUCUGAAAUCAAACCCUCAUCAUCUGAGAGAGCUUGAUCUGAGCUAUAACCAUCCUGGAGACUCUGGGAUUGAACUGCUCAAUGCUAAACAACAGGAUCCAAACUAUAAACUGGAGAAACUGCAUGUUGAUAAUGGAGGAGAGUGUCGAAUGAAACCAAAUCUGAGAAAAUAUGCCCGUAAACUAUCAGUGGAUGAGAACACAUUACAUCCACGUCUGAUACUGUCCAAGGAGACCCAAACAGUAUCAGAGACUACAGUGGAGCAGAAAUACCCUGAUCAUCCUGACAGAUUCAAACUGUUUCCAGAGUUUCUGUGCAGUGAGCCUCUAAAUAGCCGCUGUUAUUUUGAGGUGGAGUAUAAGGGUGGGGUUAUAGUGGCAGUGGCCUAUAAGACUGCAGACAGAACAGAGAACAUAAUGGGAGUUAAUAACAAGUUCCCUAGUCUUUACUGUCUGGAUGGUAAACUGAAACUAUGGCAAAAUAAUGAGAUUACAUGUAAGUUCCCUGUCAAUACUAAGUCUAACAAAAUAGCAGUUUAUGUGGACCGAGAAGCUGGAAGUUUGACAUAUUACAGCAUUCGUAACAACUCACUCAUUCACCUGCACACACACCACAUAAAAUUCACUGAUGAUUUAUAUGCAGGGUUUAUUCUUCUGCCUAAUUCCUCAGUGACUCUGUGACAUCAUACUCUGACUUAUAUGUCUAAGAGAAGCUAAGUGUUUUGUAUUGGAAAUCAAUAGUACAUAGUUUUUUUAUUCAUAGUAAGAAAAGAUUUUUUAGAGCACCUUACAGUAAAAACCACCUAUGGCAACUCAAAAAACUCAGUCAAGUUCUGUGUGGACAUAUAAAAACAGAAUUUUGUAUAAAAAUUACAAAAAAUGAUUACAAG